CAAAAUGUGGGGGAAAUGUAUUAUUAGCCUACAUAUUGCAUUCAGGCUGUUGUGAAUUUUAAUAUAAAACAUUUGAUGAAAACUAUAGUUUAUGAUGAAACACAAUGUUUGGACACUUUGAGAAACCUCAACGUCAUCCAGAGCUAAAUUAGGUCAACCACUCCCCUUUUCACUGGACCUCGUUUCUCCCCACAUGUCUGAGGGGGAAGUCCCUCUCAGGACCUUCCUCUGCUAUGAGCCCGUUAUGUGGGAGAGCUCCUAGUGGGUAGACAGAAACACCGUAACGGUCAGAGGUCAUGCAAAUAUGACGAUGAUACAACAGCUUAUAUUAAAGAAGAUGAUACCAUGUGUCGGUGCACACAGGAGCCUGGCAUGUUUGCAUCGUGCUGUGGGUGGAGUUCGGUGGAAGAGCAGCUUUAGACAACCGCCCCUACUGUCAGCCGCUCCUGUUCGCGCGCUCAUAGAUGAACCGAUCAGCAUUAAAGGGCGGUUCCUGCCCCCACAGUGUCCCGUCACAGUGUGCGCACAAAUGCAAAGUGAUGAUGGUGACCUGUGGGAAGCAUUCGCCCAUUAUAAUACAGAUGCAGAUGGCACCGUCAACUUGACCAGGGAUCAUUCAGUCGGGGGUUCAUAUUUGGGCUGUGAGCCGAUGGGACUGUUCUGGGGUCUGCAGCCGGCUCCUGGUUCAAGAGAAGGUUUGAGGCUGAGGAAAAGAAACGUAGAGACUCCAUACGUAGUGCUCAUGUCCUUACUGGAGGGCCACGUUUCACCCAGUGAGAGACAGAGCACCGAGCUGGCUGCAGUAACUACUGAGCGCUGGUACAUGGCGCCAGGCGUGCAGAGAACAGAGAUUCGCCAGGAUGGAGUUGUGGGGAUGUUGUUUUUGCCACCUGGCCCAGGCCCAUUUCCAGCCAUGUUGGACCUGUAUGGAAUGGGUGGAGGACUGAUAGAGUACCGCGCCGCCCUUCUUGCAUCCAGAGGCUAUGCUAGCUUGUCCCUUGCCUACCUGGGGCACAAAGAUUUGCCCGGCUCACAAAGCAGUAUCAAUGUUGGUGAUUCAUAUUUCAAAUCAGCGUUCCAGCUACUUCAAGAACAUCGUCAGAUCUGUGCCGACAGAAUUGGGAUCAUAGGUCUCUCCUUUGGAGUCUACCUGGCUCUUCGGAUUGCCACGCAGGAUGGUGUCAAACCAUCCUGCUUGAUUUGUAUCAACGGCCCAACAGGAAGUACCAUCAAGCUCGCAGAUGGAGAGGGCAGGACUGAAUCAAAUUACAUCGAUGAGAAUAAUUGGAUGUUCGAUGAUCAAGGCAAUGUGAGUUUCAGAAAUGUCUCCUUGCCUGAAAACUUUCCCCCUGAGAACAAUGUGAAGAUAGAGCACAUCGCCUGUCCAUUAGUGUACAUAGUGAGUGAAGAUGACCUGAGCGCUGCAAGUGUGGAGAACGCAAACCUGAUUGAGGAGACCCUGAGGGCUGCAGGUAAAUCCCACCUCUACACCUGCUUGUCGUACCCCGGUGCUGGUCACCUGAUUGAACCGCCCUACACACCAAAUUCAAGAGAGUCCCUGUGGAGGGUCAAACCAACAAAACUGAUAACUCGGUGGGGAGGUCACCCUGCACCCCACGCUGCUGCCCAGGAGGAUAGCUGGAAGAAGAUCCUGGAUUUUAUGGAAAGUAAUCUGAGACAGUGAAUUUGUGGUUUUAAAUGCAGGAAAUGAGGAGACGUUUUUUUAUUUUUUAGAUGUAAUGGACCUCCUAGAACUUGUGUGUAACAAACACUCACUCCUUCUUAUUUAGCAGGCUUCAGAUUCUCCAAAAGGGAGCGCUGUUUGCGGGUCUAAAAUGUUGCUGCUGUUACUUCUCUUGCCAAAAGUCAGCACAAGUCACACUGGCACUGUAAAUUCAGAAAUGCAGGUGCGGCUCUGCAGUCGUACGAUGUCGGCUGUCUGGUUUCAGGUGCUCUACGUCACUGACACUCAGUGCCCUCGUAGUAAAUGUCUGGUUCUUUGUGCCUUGUCAUCAUAUAUGCAUUUUAUUUUAUGCAACAACUUUUAUAAUACUAAACAUGUAACAAAGAUUUGUUAAUGAGAAAAUGGUCAAAAUCUUCUCAGACACCUUAAAAAAAAAUUCAGACAC